AGCGGGCCCUGGGGCAGCCCCGUAACGGAGCCGGGGCACGGGGCGCGUCCUCGCCGUGCCCCCGGGGGCCUCGCGCUCCCAGCCGCCGCCUGGCUCGUUGCUCUGGCAGAAACGGCCCGGGCUGCCCGGCGGGUCCUCGCCUCGGGGAGGUCUCCGUCAGGCGUUUUCCAGUCAGUGAGCCUCCCUCCCGCAGCGCGGCCUGCCCCGAGCUGUACCGACACGAGCAGCACCCCCCCCCCGCCCCGCUCUCCCCGGGGUUUGAUGGGGCUGACCCAAAUCGCGGCAGACGUGCCGGGAAGGCCGAGGCUGACGCGAGGGAGAACACGGCACCGGGGCCGGGCGCUGGGUUCAGUGCCUUCCCGCGAGCGUCUCCCCGUAUUAGCGAGGCGGAGAGCUGCCCGCACCCGCGCAGCUUCCCUCGGUGCUCUCCCCGGGCUGCGCUCGGUGACUCAGGGCUCCGCCGCGCCCUCUGAAACUGCCCGGGCUUGGUCGCGAGGGCAGAGAGCUGCUUUAUGGGCCCGUGGAGCUCAAAGUGGGGGUUAAAUAAGUGAAAUGGCACAGCUCCUUGGAUAUUCAAGCAAUUUUUCCCUUGGCAUAAAAAUUCCUGGAUGCCACAGGGGGACGUACUGAUCAUGGACAGUGAAGAAAUCCCAACUUUUUCAAGUCCAAAGGAGGAAACCGCGUAUUGGAAAGAGCUUUCCUUGAAGUACAAGCAAAGCUUCCAGGAAGCUCGCGAAGAGCUGGCUGAAUUUCAGGAGGGAAGCAGAGAAUUAGAGGCUGAGUUGGAGGCACAGCUAGUGCAAGCUGAGCAGAGGAAUAGGGAUUUGCAAGCAGAUAACCAAAGACUGAAAUAUGAAGUGGAAACAUUAAAGGAGAAACUGGAGCACCAGUAUGCACAAAGCUACAAGCAAGUGUCGUUGUUAGAGGAUGACCUGAGCCAGACAAGAGCCAUUAAAGAUCAGCUACAUAAGUAUGUGAGGGAGCUGGAACAGGCCAACGAUGACUUGGAACGUGCAAAGAGGGCAACAAUAGUUUCAUUGGAGGACUUUGAACAAAGGCUGAACCAGGCCAUUGAGAGAAAUGCGUUUUUAGAAAGUGAACUGGAUGACAAGGAAUCAUUGCUAGUUUCUGUACAGAGAUUAAAGGAUGAAGCAAGAGACUUAAGGCAAGAGCUCGCGGUACGGGAAAGGCAACAAGAAGUCACCCGAAAGUCUGCACCUAGUUCUCCGACUCUAGACUGUGAAAAGAUGGAUUCAGCUGUCCAGGCGUCUCUCUCCUUGCCAGCUACACCUGUUGGAAAAGGAUCAGAAAAUAGUUUUCCUUCCCCAAAAGCUAUUCCAAACGGAUUUGGUACCAGCCCUCUUACUCCUUCAGCUAGAAUAUCUGCACUCAACAUUGUGGGAGAUCUCUUACGGAAAGUGGGGGCCUUAGAAUCCAAAUUAGCUGCUUGCAGAAAUUUUGCAAAGGACCAGGCAUCACGGAAAUCCUAUAUUUCAGGGAACGUUAACAGCAGCAUGAUAAACAGCAAUGGUGCAAAGUACCCUCAUCCAGGACAUACUUCCUUCUUUGACAAAGGGCGUGAAAAGGUCAUAUUCCCCACCUUGGUCAUGGGGCAGUAAAUGGCUUUGAUCAAGGUUCCCCUGGACUGGGAGCCUCCAGACCUUCAUCGGCACCUGGCAUGCUCCCCCUGAGCGUAUGAGUCAGCGCGAGGUGGUGUUUGGACUUGCAGAUGCUUUUCUCAGCCCACCAAGAGACGAACUGCUUCAGUUUCCUCCCCAUUCCCACCCCGCUGGAACACGACCUGCCCCGUGGUGUGCAGCAGUCCCUGCCUGGCUGCUGCUGGAGGAGGCCCUGUGCUCACAGCCCCCCGUGUCUUGUUAAUAGUUAACUUUCUCCUGUUGCUGUAGUGGACAUGUUCUGACUUGGCCCCACGCCGCGUCGCACAAGCUGAGCCACGUAGUGCUCUGUUUCAGGGGCUGCAAAACCUUGGCCAGGUGCUCCUUGCCCUGUCACUUUAUCUCUUCUCUAACUUAGGUUUGGUCUAACAAAAACAUUCGCUGCUUUUCUUAAAGGCCACACUUCUCGCUGCCUGUCUCCUCCAUGAUCCUGCCACUUAACCACGCAGCUGCUCUCCUCCCCAGCAGGCUCAAACUCCUCAAAGCAGACACGGGGUAAGGUGAGGGAGGUGGCAAGACAUUUGCAGCUGGGGAUCAGGUCCGGGUCUGUAACUGAGUUACUGUAGAUUAAUAAAUAACGGCUGUGCAGGGUGCAGCUGGUGGGUGUCUGUCUCCGGCCUUCCCCCGGCGCUGGAAGGGGAGGACAAGAGCAGCUGCAGCCCUGCCUGUGCAGCCCCAGCAGCGGGGGGCUGGGCCUCGGCUGGGGCUGGGCUGUGCAGGGGAGCAAGGAGAGGGGUGGCAGCAGCGCUAGGGGCACCCAGCCCAGGCCCAGCACCUGUCAGGCACUGUCACAGCCCUGAGCCCAAUCCGGCAGCGGGAAUGGGGCUGGAGCCUUGGCACAGGAGCUGUGGCAGGUCAGCAACGUGCGGCUGCUGUCAUGAGUUGAGGUCUGCGGGGUGCCUGCACCCCAAUGCCCCCAGCCCCGGGAAGCCACCCUCCGCAACGAGCCUUCCCCGCCUCUCCGCACCGAGACGCUGAGCUCGUUAGGAAGCCACUAAGCCAAUGGGCCACACUGCCCAUGCCAUGCCCCCUCCCAGGACCCCAUAACCAUCAAAACCAUGUUCAGAUCUGUGUAAUAUAUGACUGGAUUUUACAGUGUCACCUGCAGGCUUCUGUGACAGUUUUGGGCGACUGUGUACCUUGUGGGUCUUUCAAGCAGUGUAUUUGUGCGAGUUCUCUGUCUAUGUGCCUCAGAGUUGGUGGAUUUCAAAAUGAACCAGCAAGCCCAGCUGGGGUUUGAUCAGUAGGUUAAAAAGAUCUUCUUCCCAGUUUGGUCCAUCACAUUCCGUUGGCUCUGCAGCUCUACAUUGGUUUAGUUACAAGCGCUGAGAAAAAAAACAUUGCCCCCAGCAGAAGGGCGGUGGGAACAUCACCCCUUGCUGUUAGGGCUUGUAUGAUCCUCCUUUCCUGUGCAUCCUCUGCUGCAUUUGACUGUUUACAUUUGUUUUAUUGUACAUAGGUUUGUAAACAUAAUACCUUUGCCUAAGAUCUUUGUACAUAACUUGGGCUUUGUAGCUUUAUUUAUUCAAAAUCUAUAUGGCAUGUUUCAAUAGGACAGUGUACCAUACCACCAAGGUGACACAGAUAUUGAUGCAGUUUACAAACAGCAAAAUGACUAAGCUGAGCAAGUAAUCUUCCAAAAAUAAAGUUCUUUUAAUGUGGAA